CUAGGCCAGAUCACUGUAGCUGGUGUGCUCCUACUCUUGUUGACUGCAUAGCCAACAUAGUGCAGCCCAGAGAGGGUGUGUUGUGGAAGCUAAAGGAAUUUGAUUUGCAUCUGCCUGUUCAAGGCAAGGAGUGGCAGCCACCAGAAUGCCCUGAACAUCUGCUGCUGGAGAGACUGAUGCUGAGGAGGGUUCAUCAGUUGAUAGGAUGACUGGGGCUUUGAGCCCAAGAAUAUCAGCCUUAUCUCUGAAUCUGAAGAGAAGGAUGGACCUGUCCCAUCGAUUUUCCAGGCAAGAGCUCAACCUCUUGUACGAGGAGGUUCUCUACACCAUUGUGCACCGCCUGGGCACGCCUGAACCCGACCAUGUUGCUGACGCUGAUGAAUUGUAUGAGUACACGCAAAAGGCCUUCAGCAUGGAGCCAGAGGAGCAUCACAUUAUACUGCAGCGGGUCCAAAAGUUUGAGAAACCAAUUUUUUGUCUGAAAGUGACUGUGAAGCAAGCCAAAGGCAUUCUGGGUAAAGAUGUCAGUGGGUUCAGCGACCCAUACUGCCUGCUGGGGAUAGAAUCAAAGAGGCAGGAGCCUUCCGGUGACAGCAGCACCCUUCAGGAGAACAAGAAGCGAUUAAAGGCCGUGGUGAAAGACCUGAUCCCUGAAGACCAGAUCCACCGCACCCAAGUCAUAAAUCAAACUCUCAAUCCUGUGUGGAAUGAGACAUUUAUACUGGAGUUUGAUGAUGAAACAAAUUCCAGCUUCCACCUGGACAUGUGGGACAUGGAUGCUGUGGAAUCUGUGCGACAUAAGCUGGGAGAGCUGACGGACCUCCAUGGCCUGAAGAGGAUCUUUAAGGAUGCUCGGAAAGAUAAAGGGCAGGACGACUUCCUGGGGAACGUGGUUCUUCGCUUGCACGAACUGCACUGCAGGAACGACCAUUGGUACAACCUGGAGCCACGGACGGAAACCUACCCUGACCGGGGGCAGUGCCACUUGCAGUUCNUGCUGACUCACAAGAAAAGAUCCACCUCUUUGAGCAAGACCCAGCCGAGUUACACCGUCCAUCGCCACCUGUUACAACAGAUGGUGUUCUAUGAGAUCCUGCAGCACCAGGCUGGGAGUACUGCCUGGGAUGGGGAUCUCAGUAAACAUGCCAGCACGAUCCUGUACCUGCAUGCCGCUCAGAAAGAUCUGUCUGACUUUCACCAGGUCAUGGUCCAGUGGCUGGCUUACAGCAAGCUCUACCAGAGCUUAGAGUUCAACAGCAGCUGCCUGCUGCACCAGAUCACCAGCAUCGAGUACCAGUGGGUCCAGGAAAGGCUGCGGCCUGAGCAGAGAGAAGAGCUGGCUGAAUCUUUCCAGACCUUACUGGCCUAUGGACUCUCUGUCCUCCGGAAGUACCGCAUCGUCUUCCCGCUCUCUUCUGCUAGGUCCACGCACAGGCUACAGUCGCUGCUCAGGGUCCUGCUCCAGGUCUGUAAAAUGAAAGCCUUCCAGGAACUUUGUAACCUGACCCCCAGCCUGCGGCAGAUGGUGAUGGACGCUCUCAAGUCCGGAACCACGGAGUGGUUUGCUAUGCAGAAGCAUCACCUGAAGCCGAUAGUGAAGACCAUGGAGGAGCAUGGAAAAGCGCUGGCCAGACUUCUCGUGGAGGUAAACGGGGAUCUCCAGCAAUGCCACAAAAUCUGGAACAAAUUCUUUAUUAACACUGUGAAGGUGGAUCUCUUUUCCAUUGCCUACAUGGAGCUGCAGGAGCUGGUGUCACAUCACGUCAAGGAGGAGUUGAGCGAGAUUGACAGCGGCAUGUCCCACCUCACAGCAGAGAACCUUUUCCAGCUCUACCUGAGCCUGAAGGAGCUUUACCGGAUGAGGGGCUUCCUGAGCAAGAGGGACGGCCCCCUUGCCCUGACUGACUUCCACCAGUGGUUUAAGGAAGCCAUCCCCAAGUGGCUGCAGAAGACCUACACCAUAGCGCUGGAGAGGACCCAGAGAGCUAUCCAGGUGGACAAGCUGACGCCGCUGGGGGAGCUGACUAAGCACAGCACAUCCACUGUCGACCUGUCCACGUGCUAUGCUCAGAUUGUUAAAACCUGGCAACAGCUGGACUGGCCAGACCCGGAGGAAGCCUUCAUGAUCAUGGUGAAGUUUGUUGAGGACAUGUGUAAAAUCGCUCUGACGUACUGCAAGCUGAUCAAGACCCGGGCAGAGGAGCUGUCGAGGAACCAGGAAGACGAGGGGGAUGCAGCUAACAGGCUCUGCAUCGUGGUGAACAACGUGGAGCAGCUGCGGCUCCUGAUCCUGAAGCUUCCAGCGCAGCUGGACUGGGGGCGCAUGGAGCAGCAACUGGGGGGCAUCGUUGAGCCGGAGCAGAUCCAGCACACUCUGCACAACCAGCUGCAAGGCACCGUCACCUGCCUUGACCACGAGAUCAGAGACGUGGUGCAGACCCUGGCAAACAAACUGGACGCCGGGAUCUCCAGGCACAUCCAGGAGCUGGCGGCCUCCAGCGACUCCAGGGAUCCAGAAGAUUCCGUAAUUCCCCUAAUGAAGUUCCUGGAGUUGGAGCUGCAGUACAUGAACCAGCAUCUGGUCCAGGAGAACUUUAAUUGCCUCCUGGAUCUGCUCUGGAACCACAUCCUGAGUGUCCUGACAGCUGCAGCAAAACAGCAGUUCAGCUCCUCCAGGUACUACAGGAAGCUGCAGUUUGCCUUGCAGAGCCUGGAGCUCUGCUUCCACGCCGAGGGCUGCGGGCUGCCGACGAACGCCCUGCACACUGCGGAAUUCAUGGAUCUAGAGAAAGAGCUGGAGCUCCGAUCCGCCCCAAGCAGAACGCUCAUCCAGCAAUACUUCAAUGAGAGAAUCCGGGAGCAGCUGGAGAUCGACUCAGAGAAGUACGGGGCAGUGACCAUUAAAGCUCUUUACCGCCCCUCGGAACAAAAGCUCCGCAUUGAAGUGCUCAACGCUGUGAACCUCAUCCCCCUGGACUCCAACGGCUCCAGUGACCCCUUUGUCCAGCUGACCCUGGAGCCGCGACACAUGUUCCCCGAGGUGGUGGCGCGCACGACGCAGUGCCAGAAGAACGAGCUCCACCCUCUGUUCGACGAGGCCUUUGAAUUUCUGGUCCCUCCUGAGAAAUGCCAGCAGGACGGCGCCUGCCUGCUGCUCACGGUGUUCGACUAUGACACAGUGGGAGCCAAUGACUUGGAAGGAGAAGCCUUCUUCCCCCUUUGCGACGUGCCAGGCCUGACCGGGGAGGAAGAAGUGGCUGAUGCAGGCCGGGUGCCCCAGACUCGGCUACCGUUGAUGCACCCCAAACCCACUGGAGACCCAAUCCUGAAGCUGCUGGAGUCCAGGAAAGGGGACAAGGAAGCGCAGGCCUUUGUGAAGCUGCGCAAGCAGCGGGCGAAGCAGUCCAAGGAGAGUGUGUGACAACAGGCAGUGAGGAGCUGGGCCCGGAGCCAAGCCCAGGGGAGCAGGCCUCGCCUCAGCUGUGCAGCAGUAACAAAGAAAGCCAGCCAC